AUGGAGAGGAAGCCUCUCGACAUCCCCUGGAAGGAGCUGCUGUCGGACAGAGAGCACGCGGCGGCGGAUGUGGUGGUCGUCCAGAGCAGCCGGGGAGGAGGAGGGGGAGGAGAACAGCAGCAGGCUCUGGCAGGAGAGCCGUGCUCGGUGGGGAGGCUGACCGAUCACAUGCUGGAGGAGAAGAUCGAGAGAGUUCAGAGGCAUAUCGCGUCGGGAUUCCUGUUGAAGCUGCCGGACAAGGGCGCGAAGCUCCUCGCCAGCCUUCGGUCGCUCGAGGAGGAGCGGGAGCUGAGGAAGAGUCUGGUCCGUUCCGCAAAAGACAAGGUACACGGGCGAGCAAGCGUGUGCUAGAUAUUAAAAGAGUAGGUAGGAUUUGGGAGACCGGUUAUGGUCGUAAGGAGAUGCGUAGAUUCUGCGAUCACGGUCACACGCUUGGAUCAUAGAGAAUUGACAACUUAUGAUGAUAAAUCUCCUCUGAAUUCUACCGUAAGAAAAAUAAAACGAGGAGUCCACGGGCCAAGGGAGAAAUUAAAAUGUGGAGUCUAUAAAACUGGCCUCAGGAACUUUGGGAUGUGCCACGGAUAGUAAGGAGGAGACGUGGUAAAUAAGAAAAUAAGUUCAUCGUUCGUGAUGCUGAAAUUCGAUGAGAACCAUUAUCUUGCGCUGACGGCGGAAAACCCCCUAUCCGUGUGACAAUGAAAAGAAAUAAACAACAUUGAACCCGUUUAUAGGCCCUAUGCCAUCGGAAAAUGUAUAAAAAAUGGACCAUUUCUCUUACUGUAUCAGUUAAAGAAAAAAUGAACCUGAAUCUUGAUCUCAAUUGAUCCUCGUCAUAUUUUGUAAAGGUUUUUCAUACAUCAUGUUGCAGGAUGAUGAAGAAUGCAAGGAAAUUAAACAGCUGCCAAGAAGGUCUUCACCUGGUAAGGUUGCCAUCACAUCGUCUUUCUUUGGGUGUGCUGCUUAGAAUAGCAUUCUUCUAGUGUAUAAAAAGCAGCAAACAAUAAUGUACAACGUAAAAUAAAGAUCAACAGGAAAAAGUAACGUCAAAACUUUGGAGAACCACAAGAAAUAUCCCGUUAUUCAAAGAGUGGUGGAUAGGUAGGCUUAGAUUCGCGCCUAAUGGUUUUCCUAUUCUUGAUUAUAUUCUGCGAAGCUCACUUAUAAUUCCUUUUAUCAGGGCCAGAUGAGCGAAUUGAUGUUGUCUGUGUCUUUUAAUUUCUGUAGAAAUCUUCUAUAAUUCUUCUCCAGUAUAUGACCCAUGAAGCAACUGGUUAGGCUACCUUACCCCCAAUUAACAUCAGUGAACAUCGGUCAUAUCACAUUAUGUUUCAGCAUGUGAAUCUUGAGUUCAAAUUGUGGUACGUUCUGAUAAAUUUGUAUUACCACAUAGCCCCUUAUUCCAUAUAGGGACGAUUGAGUGAUAAUUUUCCAUGUACAACCCCAUCUUAAAGUUAUCAUGAAGUUUUUCAUUAGAUACCACUGUAUUUAUUGAAGAAAUGAUUUAAUUCCACACUUAUCUAAGAUGAGAAAUUUUAAACAUCAUCUUUAAGCCUUUUUUCAUGUUGUACUCUUUCAGAAACUGACAUUGCCCUGGUUAUAUUCAUAUAUUCUGAUUGUGGUAGGCAAUACUACCAACAAAAUAUCAGUCUUCAACUCUCAGAAAAGGAUUCUAGGGAGUUCUGUGCUAACUUGUAUCAUGACCAUUAAUACUCAUCAUUUCAUAUCUUGACCAUGUUUUUAGUAUUUCUAAUCAUUAUUUUAUUUGCUUUCUGGUUGUUGUUGUUGUUGUAGACUUUAUUUCCCUUGCCUCUUUUUUUUUUAUAACCUGGAGCUUCUAAUAUCGUACAGUUUUGCAGAUUCAUCGAACCAUUCCAGCUCAAAUGCUACAACCUCUUCUUAUCCAUCCGAAUCUUUUGGUUUUCAUUUCUCUAAAUUGCUGGAAGCAAAGGUAAAAAAAAUAAUGACUAUGGUCAGAAAUAUUAAGCUGCUCUAAUCAACUUUGAUGACGAAAGUUCUGCCUUCUUCCUCAUCAGGUGAACCGUGGCAACUGUGAUGCACAUAGUGAGGAAUUAAGUAUCAUGUGCAAAGAUGAUUCCAGUGUCCUCAUCGAAUUAGAUGGGAAAAAAAGUAGUCCGAGAAUGUCAUCAAGGUCGUCAGCUUUCCGAAGCACGAAAAGUGUUGACAUCAAAGAUAGACAAGAAUCUUGCUACGGCCGACUUAAAGACAUUUGUGUAUCCAACAUUUCUUCUCUUCAAUGCGAGGAGAGGUGCUCUGACCAUUUUCCGAAAAGGUAUGCAUUGCUGUUAUUUCAUUAUAUUUUUUCUGUGCUUUCUUUUCUUUUCUUUAUUAUUACAUUUCGUGGUCACUUGUUCGAAGUAACUGAGGUUAGCCGUUUUUUAUAGGAAAAUCAUGGAUUCAGAUUGUGGUCUGUGGCUGAGUUUUUCCAGUGUACAAUCUUGGAUCCUUCUCUGGGAUUUUUUUUUUGUAUUUUUCCGUUUACUGUUCUAGGCUUUUCAGUUAUUAACCUCUUGCACCGGAAUUGAUGGUAUAAUAUGUGAAAUGGGUUGCCCUUUUUGUUUCACAUUCGGGUUUCUGUAUGAGAUAACUUGACAAGAAUAAGGUUAUGGGGAAAGGAAGUGACUUCUACUACUGGACCAUUGACCACAUGAUCUAUAUACAUUCUCUUGCUGGUGCUACUGUUAACAUCUUGUUCUUUCUUGGGUACAAUAACAAAGAACCAAGAGGGAGGUGCUGGAGGAUAAGUGAGAAAAGGGGAAAGUUGACUAGGCUGUUAGCAGAUUUUUUUUUUUUUUUUUUUUUUUUUUGAGUUUGUUUACUUUUAGUCAGAAUACGUUUCCCACUCUGAAAUUUAAAUAUUUAUCUGUAUUUACUGUGGUCAUGCAGUGUUAAUAAAUUAUGUGACUAUCAACAUGGUUUGCAAAAUUGCAAUUAUUUUUGCAAGGAAGAGUAUUUACCCAUUUGGAUUUUGUUUCUGUUUGAACUGCCUGCUUUAUGAGAAUUUGAAUUGCAUUCUCAUGGAUUUUAGGAACUGAGGUUAUUCAUUUCUUCUGAUAGGGAUAGAGAUUCUAAAUGAAGUUUUAUCAGCCAAGUUUCUGCACAGCUUAGGUGAAGAAAAGUUCUUAUGACUAUCAGUUAUUAGGGGCAAAUAUCGAUUAUUCUGUAGUAGGUAGGAUGUUAACCCUGGAAGUGGAUCUUAUCUCUUCCUCUUAUGUAGAUAAAUAUUCUUAGGUUAGCCGACUUUAGGUUGUCAAGCUUACAUUUUUGGAUUGCAAUGAGGUUAGUUGUAGGUUGUGGGAAGACCAGUGAAAUAGAUGAGAAACAUUUCCAAGAAGACUGUAUCAGGUUUAUUGUUUAUUAGAGGGAGGGAUUUACUCAUCAGACUGACAAAUUCAGGAAAACAGGGACAGCGCUCCACUGUUGGUGGGUUUUAGUAAAGCUGAAUAUGAAGAUCACCUAGAUCUGCAGCAAAGAUUAAUAGAUUUCUAUUAAUUACGAUACAAAUGAAGGUAGAAAUGGGCCAUGGAUCGUUUCAGAAAAAUCCCUUUUAAGUGAUUAUUUAUGGGUGGCGGAAGCAAAGUUUUAUGGAAUUAUAAUGGGAUUACCCAGUAUAAAUUCCUUAAUGGAUGCAUAGUUUCUUUAGCCAAUUUAGUUCUAGGACAGCAUCAAAAUUUUCUGAAGAAGAAAAGCAAACAACUUUAACCUUUUGUUUCACCUAACCUCUACUAAGUGGCAAUUUUAAACAGAAACAAAAGAGGCAACCAUUGUGUAUGAUGUUCUACAUGGUGUAACUUUAAUUUGCCUCAUACAUUUUUUCAUGUGUUCCGAUGUUCUGUUCUUGUGUUAAGUUUCCUUCUGUUGAUGGUUUUAUUGAUCCUUUCUGACAUUAUUUUAUAUUUCUUGGCAGAAGAAAAUCUCCUGAGAGUCAUAGUUCUGUAGAUCUGAAUCCAACAGAGGUAUGCUUUCUUUUUUGAUUAUCUAUUUACAAUUUAAUCUCUGCGAAAAUUCUUUGCUGUUACGCCAUGUAGAGCUUUAUAAUUUGUUUUAUUUUUUUAAAAUUCUAUAAAUACUUUCUCUUUGUCAUUAUAUUUUUUCAAUUUUUUUUCCAAGAUACCUUAAGAGGCUAUUUUCUGAAGAUUAGGGAAUUCAAUUUUAUUAUAAUUUAAGUUUCGUCUUGAACUUAUAUCUUAUUAUUGUAAUUUAUCAUUGAUAAAUUGCUACUGUGACAUUUCAUUUCUCAUUGUAUCAGUUUCAGACACUGAUUAAUGGGCUCAAAUAAGAAACGUGGGCUCUUCCUAAUGGGUCGCUGUUUAUGGACUGUAGUUAUGGUUGGGGAAGAGGGAAGGCACCUUAUUUUCGGAGUUACGAGAUGACAAAUGUAGGACAGCUAUAAUGUCUUUUUAUAUUCUCCUGUUAACAGGGGAGAGUUAGUAAUCUCUUAAUAUUCUUUCAUUUAACGGAGAGAACAGAAAAUCAGAAGGUCAUCAGUUAGGAGAUCUAAUGGUUCUGUAACCCUUGAGGGUGUUUUUUAGGUGCCUUAGGCCUUUAAUGGAGAGGUUACAUCUCAUCUCUAUAAAGGGCCAAAAGAAUCGUUGGUUCUACAAAAGAUUGGUGACAUUUCCCCAGUUGCCAUCUGAGGAAAAAAACCACUGGCCUCUAUAGCCGUUUAGAUAAUUUCGAUUUUACACAUUCCAUUGCAUACUAGUAGCUUCGGGGCAAUCACAACACAAUUUAAACCAGAUCAGGUCAUAAGAAAUCAUCUCAACGUGCUGAAAUUGUAAGGUUGGACGCAGCCAUUUGAUCAAGAAUGAGAUUCUAGAAAAAGAAUAAAAUAUAAAAAUAUUCUGCCCGCUGGCAAACCGGCACUCGGCAGCUGACCCGGAGGGUCGCCGCAGUCAAGUGGGUAGACCCAGAUCGAGGGAGCCACGAGCUGGGCUUGAGUGGCAAAGGACUCGCUCCGCACACGUGUGCGUCACUCCCCUACCGCGUCUCAGUGGUCAACCAGUCGUGGAGCAAGGAGCGUCGUAUACACCUACACAUGCGAGGGCGGACCACCUUUUUGCCUUCUCCCAAGAUGGUCUUGGGCAUUAUUUGUUUCGGGAGAAAGGAUCUCUGCUGAGAGAGAGUAACUUUGAUUUAUAUUCAGCUUAAACAAUGAAAAACUUCCGAUGUGGGACUAAACCUUCUCGUUCUGCUCUCAAGAUGGGAUGCUUUUACCUCAGACAAAGCAUUUAUUUCUCCAGAUCUUGUUUGAGCACCGGUAUUGACUUAUGAUUCCUUCUUUGAUGCUCCCAUUGGGCUCUCUCGUAAUCCUCCACCUUUCCUUUUAUCAAAAAAACAUAAAACACCAGUCAUGAUUUUCUCUCAAAUUGUUUUCCAUGAAUGCUGGUCAAAUUCAUUAGUGCCAGGUAAGCUGGUCAAAUUCAAACUAUCAAUAAUACAGGUUACCAACUGUGUUCCGAGCAGAUCCAUUAGGUUAUCAUGUGGGGUUCAAUAUAAUGUGUUAGUUAUCGAUUCAAUUGAAUAUCGACUAUUGUUUUGGUUGUCAAAGACUCCCAAUGUGAUGUUAGUUGAUAGUCCUGCAAAAUAGUCCCAAGGGUUUCUUCCUGGACGAUCUGAUUUUGUUCUGAUCUGGAUCAUAUCUGAUCGAGUCCAACUCUGAUCUCUUAUGGAAGACACUGAAUGUAUUUAUGGUUUUAAUUGAAGUAGUUUAGUGUUAAGAACAACACGAUGAGAUUGACAGUCAUCCAAUGUAAGAUACCUGUCAACAUUUGUUGUUGAAGGGAUUUGUAUUCAUUGACCGUCUUUAACAGGUCCAGGAUGUGGUUUUUUUGGAUGAAGAAGUACAGCAUGUUGAGCAGAUACGGGAAGGAGAUGAGAAUGAUGACCGGUGAGAAGACUAACAUUUAAUGUUACUUUCUUGUCUAUAAGUAUGCUAUAUUCUGUUCUUUUUCUUUUCAGACAUUGUUUCUUAAAUAGUUAUUUGAUUAGCUUUGUUCAUUUAAUAAAGGCUGCCAUCUUCCAAGGAGGCAAAGUUCUACUUCCCUUCGAGGUGAAACUUCUUCAAGUACACAAUAAUCCCGAGAUUACUGACUUCCCCCCAACCUACCUCAUUGAUUAAAGUGUGAUCGCUUAACUUUUUGUUAUUUUACUAUGAAGCAGAGAUCACCCAGAAUGUGUUGAACUUUCUCAGUCAGAUUUGAAAUGCUUGGAACCUGAAUCUUACCUGUCAUCAACUAUUAUGAAUUUCUACAUUCUGUAAGUGGAUGACCUUUUUCUCCUUGGUGUCAAGUAUUUAUUGUGCUCUGGUCUUUGACCAAAUUUUUCUUCAUUUUGAAACUUUAUAUGACAGUAACUUGGAGUGCUGUCAUUAUCCAUUUAUUCUCAUAUUGACGAUAUCUGGCAGAUAUCUUCAAAAGACAAUCUCUUUGUUGGGGAGGCCAAGGGGAGAAUAUCAUUUUUGCAACACAUAUUUCUACCGUAAACUUGAAGAGGCAACGUCUCAAAAGGUAAGUUUUCUGAGAUAUGCAAUUUUUAUGAUUAAUUUGUUUGAGUAUCCUGCUAAAAAGGUGGCUCAAUUAUCUAAGAUGAAAUUUAUGGCUUCAAGAUUUCAUGUAUCUUCUCAUCAAAACUACUUUCUACCUAGAUAUGUGAAUUGAAUCAUUUUCACAUGAUUGUGGAUUGAAUGGCCUUGGUCCAUGUUUCAGUUUUUGAACAGUUGGACGUUGCUCACCAGUCAUGGAAAUCUUCAUCCUAUAUGCUUAUUUUAUAAUUGUCUAUUUCAUUUCCUUGUACAUUGUUUUUUUUCAUGCUUUUCGUAUAAGAAGGUGAUAAACUUAUGUGAGGAUCAUGCACCCUCACAUAGGUGUGGCAUCCUUUGCACUCCAUAAUGGAAGAAGACCAUCUCAUCAUGACAAUAGAGUACAUUCCAACUGUGAACCACAAUUCGGGAACUUAAAGCAGAUGUAUCUACUGUAGACUUCAUGCGAAAUUCUCUGAAAAAAGACAGCUAGAUUCUUCCUCUGAUGUUCAUGAAGUUCUCCUCAGCAGACAUUCCUGGUAAUCUGGGGAGGGAAAGGAGAACUGAUCAGUGUCGAGAAGUGAUUAGGGUUUAUUUUUAUUGAUCUCUCAUACUCAUAGGUGUAUGACUAGAGAGAGAAAAAGAGAAGACGCAAUCCAUGGAAAACCUCCCUGGUGUGAGUGGUUCAGGAGAAAGUAACUUUCACAGCCAUGCCCAGGUCAUGGGUCUAUUCUUAAUGCCCAAGGAGUCUAACAUGAUCAAAGGCAUAGAACAUGACUGCAUGGGCAUGAAAAAAGAAUGUAAACAUUAGAGGAUCCAAUAAUUUAUUGGUUUAUUGGCUUCAGGAUUUGAAUAACCCAUCUACUGUGUUGAAUCAUAACUCACCACUUAGUGAUAAUCUUGAGAGUGUUUAAAUGUACACAGUCAAUAACCUCCAGGAAAGAGUGCAGUCAGCCUACUUCAUGGAAAUUUGAACCUUGGAAAGGCUGUUAUAAGUGUGGCAUUUUAACUUUGACCUAUCUUGUUGGAUCAUAUCACCUGUACUAUCUUGGGUACGUAGGAUUCUUUUUUUAUUUCGGUAAUAAGUUAUCUUUUUUGGGAUAGAAAAAAGGUUUAUCCAUAAAGAGAGAUCUCCAAUUUAAUUCUAUUGGAAGAUGAAAAUAGUGGCUGAGUCAGUUAUAUGGUAAAGAGUUUUUGCUUAUCCAAAGCUUAUCCACUGCCAUCAAUGUUCAUUGAAAGAAGUAUCCUUUAACUUUGCUUAAUCUAAUUUUGAGAGAAGUAAGACUCGUCUUGAUUUCGUUUGGAAAAACUUCUCUUCCAUUUCUAUACCACAGUAUUCUUCGGUACUUUGCCUUUUUUUUUCUCAAUGUGAUUUCAUUUUCAGAAGCUUUAUGGCAAGUGUUGGCUGCCUGACCUAUUGGAUUCAGGUUCUCUUGUUGAAUGUUCAUCCUCUGCUCAAUAAAUGCCUUGUAGGGGGAAAUCAGUAAACACCUCACGAAGUUGAGAAGAUGGUGGAAAGGUGUCAACAUAUUUGAGAAAGCAUAUAUAUUUUUGCCAAUUCAUGGAGAGUAAGCUACCUAUUACUUUUUGGAUACCCAUUGUUUAAUAAGAGCUACCUAUUCUAUCCUUGAUUCAUGUGAAUUUUUACACAUCCGUUUUGUUUAUGGAGAUAUCCUUUUUCCAGUUGCUGCUUAACUCAUUAUUAUCUUUAAUUUUUUUUAUUCCUGUAUAGGAUAAUAAACUCUGUUAUCGUAGUUUUGAGACUUUGGUGUUAGACAUGAUUUUUCCUGAUGCUUGAGCAAUAUAUGCAGACUUUCAAUUUACAUUUCUCAACUUUUGUGCUUCUUAAUUUCUUGUCCUUCUAGUACCCCACUCUUGCCGUGCAUCUGAACCUAAGACACUGACAUAUCUUGUUGUAUCUUGUUGUCCAUCAUGUAAACAAUGAGACGAUGUCUCAUUUUAUUUCCACAAUAAUGUUAGUAUCUCGUCUUGUAAAUCUAGCUCAUACCAUUGGAAAAUUAUCUUGCACAGUAGUCUAGGCAAAAAAGAAUUGCAAGUGAUUGCUAUUAGAAAGUGUACUCCAAGCUUGCUUUGUUAUGCUUGCCUUGUUACAAUAUCCAAUUCGAGAACUAUUUCAGUCAACUUAUUUGUGAUCUGAUUAUUCCUUAUUGUCUUCUCAUGUGUGGUCUUGAUUCUAGUUCAAUCAGAUUCCAAGAAACAUAAGUAUUAUUGAUCAUAAGCGGGACAUACCAACUUCGCCUUUGAUAAUCGAUAUGUAGAACACUGAUGAACAAUUAUAGUUAUCAUGGGUCAGCUGUCUCAGAGCAUACCUCAUGAAGUGAGGUUCUGGAAGCAGCGUUUUCUAAUUGACUGUCUGGGGAAGCUGAUAUGUGAGACACAAGGGUGAAAAAGAACGGUGAUCUUGAUCCUACGAUCUAUGGGCAAUAAUAUCUCUUUUAAAACAUUAAUUAGAAGGGUCUUGUGAUCCUAAUCUCCUGCUUGAAGGAUUUGAACGUAUCUUACGAUUGGGACUAGAUGUCACUCGAUGAUACAGUUCUUUGAUUCGUUUAUGUUCUUAUACCGUAUUCCACUCAGGACUUCUGCCUAACAAUUCAAAACUUGACAUACUCAGUACAUGUUUGACAACUUCUGUUUACUCGAGCUUUUUAUGAUUCAAUUCAUGCAUAUAGGAUACUAAAUCUGGGAAGAUUUGCAAUCUUAAAAUCCCUUGAUAAAUGUCAAUCUUCUUUUGCAUUUUUCUGUUUAAGUGGGGUUGAUCCUUUUUUUGCCAGUGUUGGAAGUUCUAGGUCGUAAAGAAAUAAUGUAGAAGAUUGAGGGCAUUUUUGGGACAGUUGUCUAGGGUUCCUCCCCAUAUAAGGGGGGCGUGUAACAGAUGAAUGGAAAUUGAGGUGGUUGUCGGCCGUUCUCCCUCUGUCCUCCGUGACAGAAGUUUUUCUCCGUUUACAGCCAUGACCGUGAGUCCUCUUUCUAUCUGAAAAAGAAGGAAAAGGGUUCAUCUGGUUAGUCAAGAUAGAUUAAAACAAGAAUGAGAGCAAGGAUUCGGAAUGAAUGCUGUUUUGCGGCAACUCACAAAUUCUGCACAGCAUCAAGUUCAUCGAAUUGGGUGCUAUUGUAACUCUAGUAGACUAACGAAUUUCCAGCCUCUUGUAAUGUGUUGACUUUAUUGGAAAAACCAUUUGAGAUGCAAAAGAAUGUUUUUUGCAUUGCUUCAUGUUUAGAAAAACAUGAAGAGGAGUUGGAUAAAGUAACCCAUGCACAUUCCAUAUUAUCGUGAAAGGUGCUUCUUAAAUAUGAGCAUCCAGAAUUUUUUGCCCACAAAACGGAGGGAGACGUCAUUAUGAUAUUGUGUGGAGCUAUUGAGUUUUCUAGUCGAUGAUCCUAUGCCAACUUCGUGAACCUGUAAUAAGGGUCUUGUUAAGUGCACGACUUUGCAUAGCUGGCAUGUGAAGAUACCGCAUGACAUUGAAAGAAAGAUUGUGCUUAAUGAUGAGAAAAAUCAUGGGUUACGGGCAUUGCUCACAACUGGCUGAUUUUUUUGUCACGGUUGCUUUAAUUGACCCCUACUCACGCUCAAAAUCAGCUUGAAUUUGGUGGGUCCGAGUCAACCCAUUCCUAGUCUAUCUUUUAUGAAGAUAUGGACAUUCAGGAGAGUCUUGUUCGGGUGGAAUCUUCAAAACAUAUAACAAGGCUAGAUGCUGUGGUGAUUCAUACAUCCUAUACAAUCUUGGACCAAUCAUGUUCAUGCUUUACUUGGGUUUUGGGCUUUUGAAUCUUAUGCUUAUUCCUGGCUACUCAAUCCUUGAUAUAUUGCAUUCUAGGUUAAGGGGCCUAUCUCCUAUUACUCGAUUACAUUAACGUACGUAUCUUUGAAGAGAUUGGAUGUUAGAUUAUUCUGAUCUUUACAUGUUAGAUUAUUUCAUGCUUUUUAUUCAAAAAAUCAUUAGGAAUUUCCAUUGCGUUAUAUAUAUCAUCUAUUCUGGAAAAGCUUAAAUUUCAACCUUUUUAUUCACAAAAUCACUAGGAAUUUCAUUUGUGGUUUUGGACAUCCUUGUAUGAACGAUGAACAAGUUCAUUGAUGGGAUUGCCGACAGCUGUGAUGCACUGCAUAUUAAUCACCAUUUGCUGAUUGGUACUUGAGAUAACCUACGGCAUCUGUUUGCUUGAAGAAAAAAAAAUUCCCGACUUCUUUACUCAUUCUUCAUUUUUAGAUUAUCUGUUUCACUUGAUUUUAGGCACAGGCCGUGCUCUAUUUUAUUCAUUCUUACAAUGUUCGACCUCACUCCAUUGAAAUCUCGUUCAUCGUUUCUUAUGUUCUUGUGACAUCAGUUUGCAUUGGAGCUUAGUAAUUAUUUGUAUUCCAGCAAAGAAAGAUGAAUUUGGGCCGAUCAUAUUACAUUUGGAUUCCUUGGGAAUCCACUCGAGUGGUCUGAUCUUCGACAAUGUUGAAAGGUGAUAUAUUGACUCUUUCGAUAGUUUCACUCUUGUUCAAGUAACUGUACUCACAUCUCUGUUCUCUUGUAGAUGUCGACCCUAUCAUGACUUUUAUUAUCCUCAUGUUGUCUGCGUUCAUCCCUCUGGAGGAAGAAGGGGGUAUCGCCUAAACCAGAAAGAGCAUACAGUACUUUUAGAAAAUCUGUCCCGAUCUCCUGUCUCUGAUAUGCAUCCUUAUUUUACUCUAAAUAGUCGCAUUCUGGUGAUAGAAAUGGGUCACGGGGGAUCACUAAAUGGCACAAAACAAUAGGAAGGAUGUUCAUUCACGCAGUCCACGAGCCACUGGGCCUCUGAGUACUCUUACUGGCUCCACUUCUCUUCGGAAUUGAGCUCUUGAGUAUUUGUAUCAGACACCGGUCGCUGUUAGUCUUGCCAGUCCAGUGUCCAUAUUUCACAUCCCACAUACGCGCACCCGCCAUAAGGAGGCGUUUUGGUGAACUUGCAGAUUUCUAGAUUUAGAGCGCUGGAUUUAUUUUUUAAUUGAAUUAAAAGCCCAUUAUGCCGGGGGGAAGCCCUGGUAAUCACCAGAACAUGCUGAUCAUCCCAUGCACAUUACUAUAAGAGGACAUUUUGGUGGUUGACGUCCUCAAAGAAACGUCGGCAUUCCUUUCUCUCUCUAGGAAUCCUAGCUAUGGUGGAGCCUGCUAUGGCUCUUCAUGAACCUGAUGUUUCCUGUUCCUUGUAGAUAUCUAAAGGAAGAAUGGGCGUACUUGAAUGGCAGCGCUCGUCCUCUGGAUCUUCCCAUUUCGGAGAGGAUAUGGAGAAACCUGCCUCGACGGAUCGAGAAGAAAAAGAUCACGGUAGAACUCACUUUCUUCUUCAUUCUUUUAACAACCUGCGCAAAAUGAUGCUCAUUUUUUCAGGCUUUGCUUCUUGUUAUCCGUGUAAUUGAACGUUAUUUUUUGUCUGUGGACUGCAUUUCAAUGUGGAUGGAGAGAAGAAGGAAGAAAAAAAAAAGAACUCAACCUGGCAGCUGAUUUUUAAUGUGGAUGGAGUGCAGUAGGUGGUUUCCAUUUAGAGCAUAUUCUUUCUGCGGGAUGGUCAACCUGGCAGCUGAUUUUUAUUAUUUUGCGCGGUCAACGGGUGAUUAAGAAAAAAACAUGUGUUGUCGAUUUGAUUCCGUGAUCUGCUUGCUUGCUCAUCCUUCCACCACCCACGAAGCUGGUUAUGACAUCCCCGUUGUGUUCAUGGAAUGUCAUGCCGUCCCCUCAUCCUCCUCCUGAGACGCUUCUCUCUCCAUGACGGCGGCAGGUCCCUCAGCAGAAGAACGACUACGACUGCGGGCUCUUCGUUCUCUACUUCAUCGAGCGGUUCAUCGAGGCGGCCCCUGCCAGGCUCCGCCGUGAAGACCUCGCCAUGGUGAGCCAUUAACAAUCGAAGAAGCUCCAUUUCUCUCACACCCUCCUAUUUGAUUGUGUGAUCUCAAUCUCUCACCUAAUUAAUCCUCUUUUCUUGUCUUUUCUUUUCCAGUUCGGGAAGAAGUGGUUCCACCCGGAGGAGGCUUCUGGGCUGAGGCAGCGACUGAGAGAUCUGCUCGAGAGAUUCAUCAGACUGGAGCAGUCGCCGGCCGGCGAAUCUCCGGCGGACUGA